UUAAAUGAAACUGUUUUGAUUGGUUUCAUUUGAGAUUAUCCAAGGGGUUCCGAUUAAAUCCGAUAUAAAUUACAUUAAAUGUCAUUGCGCAUUUUAUUAGUGGGCGGAAGACAAACAUAAUAUCAAGGAAUAUCCUAAUUAAUGAGCUAUACUAUGGCAGCUGGACCAAAUCAACCGCCUAUACUGAAUUUUGCUAGACUUACAGAAAAUGCAUUCACUCCUACUCGGGGAACAGAGAGGUCUGCAGGAUUUGACUUAUAUAGUGCAGGUGAUUACACAAUUCCUGCAAGAGGAAAAAACGUUGUCAACACAGACAUUCAAAUAGCAGUACCAAGUGGUUGUUAUGGGAGAAUAGCACCAAGGUCUGGUCUUGCAGUUAAUCAUUUCAUUGACAUUGGAGCUGGCGUCAUAGACCCAGACUACAGAGGAAACGUAGGCGUGGUCAUGUUCAACUUUGGUGCAGAUGAUUUCAAAGUGAAGAAAGGUGACAGAAUUGCCCAACUGAUUUGUGAGAAAAUCCACUUCCCAAAAUUACAAGAACUUGAAACUUUGGAUGAAACUCGUCGGGGAGACAGUGGGUUCGGGUCAACGGGCACAAAUUGAUGCAAUGUAGACAACAGCGGAUACAUUCAGAACUGGACUGUGUAGAUAUGAAGAAAAAAUACCCCUUUUAUUAUCUUUACAAUAUUUUUGCUCUCUCGUACUAAUGCGUUUUAAUGCAUUUCUACUCUUGAUAAAAACGUUUAAGAAAUUAUUAAGAAUGUAUGUAAUUCAUACAUGCCUUGUAACAGGACUGUGUAGAGAUUUAAGUGUGCAGAGAUUUAAGAAAAAAUACUCAAAUUACAGUGUAUUUGAUUUUCAAAAUUAGUUUUCAGUAGUAUUAAUGUGUUUAAAGAAGUUUUUAUUCUUGAUGAAUAAGUUGUAGCAACUAUUAAGAAUGUACAUAUUAAUUCAUUUGCUCUUGGUACAUGUAUAACACUGUACCGGAUAAUCAUGCCAGUUUCAAGUGGUAUUUUUGCACCAGCCUAAGAUGCAGAUUUGUAAAAAAAAAAAAAUAAAAAAUAAAAA